AUGAGGGCGUCGCUGCUCCUCCUCACCCUGCUGGUCUACCUGGCCCACGCCCCCCAAGCGCAAGGUGUAUUUGGACCCAAGCGCUGCAAAGACAAGGUGGGCUAUUGCCGCCACAAGUGUCAGCCCAAGGAGGUGCAGGUGAGCCAGUGCUCCAACAAAGUGGUCUGCUGCGGCGUCAACACAGGCACGGGCUCCUCAGGGGACUCCAAACUGGUCCCUGCCGUCAAUCCUCAGCCGAACCCCCAGGAGAACGAGCCCGAGGAAAACCCGAGGGAGGAAGCCACCACGGUCUCUGAGUGA